AUGGCGUGUGCGACCAUGUACUACACAGUCCACACCCAUAGCCUCGCUAGUUGGACUGCCAAGAAGGAUUAUUGCGAAUUCCAGAAGAACUUCGAGGCAGCGUCUCAAUGCUCAAUUAGUCGUCCACCAGCGAAAAGGGCUAUGGCCACACCUUGGAUCUUUGCGAGUGAUAACGCCUGGGGGAAACUACUGUCCAGCUUUCCAACGAGGUCAAAUCUCGAAAGGAUUGCAGCGAUUGGCGUCAUAAUCGUAAUAACAGCACUGCACUUCUGCGACUUAUCCUCCUUGUGGUAUCGUAUCGCACGUGGAAAACAACCAUCGGGAUCAUACUUUACCCUCGAUUAUCACUUUGGCUUCCUGUCGAUACGAUACUGCCAGAUGAUUACAAUGACCAAGAUUCGUACAUUCGAGGACAUGGUAGAAACCUUCAAACAAAUGUCAUCAGUCGAGAAAUCCAAGAGCUGGAGAAGAGGUUGA